ACCGGGACAGCGAGGAUGUUGGCUUCGUUAGUCCGGGCCACCAUCCGGGCUGUGGGCAAGAGGAAGCUGAAGGCCACCCGGGCUGCCCUCACCGUGACACCUUCAGCAGUAAACAAGAUAAAACAACUUCUUAAAGAUAAGCCUGAACACGCUGGUGUGAAAGGUGGUGUCCGAAGCAGGGGGUGUAAUGGCCUUUCCUACACCCUCGAAUAUACAAAGACAAAAGGAGACUCUGAUGAAGAAGUUGUUCUAGAUGGAGUUAGAGUGUUCACCGAGAAGAAAGCACAGCUGACACUUUUAGGAACAGAAAUGGACUAUGUUGAAGACAAAUCAUCCAGUGAGUUUGUGUUCGAUAACCCGAACAUCAAAGGGACGUGUGGCUGUGGAGAAAGCUUUAAUAUUUGA